AUGGGUUAUUCCAAACAAUAUUGUUCUCUCUUUUCAUUGGUGUUAUUGUUAGUUGCAUGUGUAAAUGGAGAGGAUCCUUAUAGGUUUUACACUUGGAAAGUUACAUAUGGUGAUAUUUUUCCACUUGGAGUUAAACAACAGGGAAUAUUGAUAAAUGGACAAUUUCCAGGGCCACAGAUUGAUUCAGUGACUAAUGAUAACUUGAUUAUCAAUGUUUUCAAUAACUUGGAUGAACCUUUCCUCAUCUCUUGGAACGGUGCACUGCAGAGGAGAAAUUCAUGGCAAGAUGGAGUGUAUGGUACAAAUUGUCCAAUCCCUCCGGGGAAGAAUUUCACUUAUGCUCUUCAAGUAAAAGAUCAAAUUGGCAGCUAUUUCUACUUUCCCUCCCUUGGACUACACAAAGCAGCAGGCGGUUACGGCGGUUUCAAAAUCGUUAGCCGCCCUUUGAUACCAGUGCCUUUUGAUCCUCCGUCCGGAGAUAUCACCAUAUUAGCAGGAGAUUGGUACAAGAGAAGUCAUACAGAUUUGAGGGCAAUUUUAGACAGCGGAAAGGAUCUUCCAUACCCUGACGGACUUAUCAUCAAUGGUGGUAAUUCCAAUGUAUUCACUGUCGAUCAAGGGAAGACAUACCGAUUUCGAAUAUCGAAUGUGGGGAUUAGUACUUCGAUAAAUUUUAGAAUCCAAAACCAUAAGAUGAAGCUUGUUGAGGUGGAAGGAACUCACACAGUUCAAAACUAUUAUGAUUCACUUGACAUACAUUUGGGGCAAACAUAUUCUGUAUUGGUUACUGCUGACCAGCCACCAAAAGAUUACUACAUUGUUGCCUCAUCAAGAUUCACCUCAAAGGUCUUUACUGCUUCAUCCAUUCUUCAUUACAGUAACUCGAAACAAAAAGUUAGCGGUCCUCUUCCGACCGGACCACCCCCUGAUUUCGAUUGGUCCCUCCAACAAGCUCGAACUUUUAGGACGAAUCUUACCGCAAGUGGGCCGAGACCGAAUCCACAAGGAACAUAUCAUUAUGGAUCGGUAAACAUAACAAGAACAAUUAGGCUUAAAAAUUCUGCUCCAACUAUCAAUGGAAAACUCAGAUAUGCUGUGAAUAGUGUGUCAUUUGCUCCCACAGAUACACCGCUUAAACUAGCCGAUUACUUCAAUAUUAAAGGGGUGUUUACACUUGGAAGUAUCCUAGAUAAACCCACUGAGGGCGCCGAUCAUAUAACGACAUCUGUCAUGGCAGCCGACUAUCGAGGUUUUAUGGAAAUCGUGUUUGAAAAUACCGAAAAUUAUUUGCAAUCAUGGCACAUUGAUGGACACAAUUUCUUUGUAGUAGGAUUGAAUAGGGGACAAUGGUCAGAAGCAAGCAGACAGAGUUACAAUCUAAACGACGCAGUUCAUCGUUCUACAGUUCAGGUGUUCCCAAAGACAUGGACUGCAGUGUACAUGCCAUUAGACAAUGUAGGAAUGUGGAAUGUGAGAUCUCAGAGUUGGGCAAGACAGUAUUUAGGUCAACAAUUUUAUCUACGAGUGUAUUCUCCUGAAAGAUCAACAAGAGAUGAGUACCUAAUUCCAAGUAAUGCACUGAAAUGUGGCAAGGCUGUGGGACAUUAA